AUGCUUCGUCGGACGGCGCUAGUGCUUGCUCCGUGCGCUAUAGGCGCCCUCAUUCUCUCAACUGACCGUCAAGUGGUGCUGCUACAUCUUACAACAGCUGCAGAGCGAGCAGAACAGCUGGGCAACGCCGGCAUUGCCGGAUAUGUGCUUUGCUUCGUGGUGGCGACCCUGAUGAUGAUCCCGACAGGCCCACUGGAGAUGGCAGCUGGCCUCCUUUUCACACGGCGUUUGGGGCUCCUGGGGGCCAUCACUUUGGCGGCUGUGGCCAAACAGGUCUCAGGUAGUGUAGGGUUCUUGCUUGGUCGGACUCUUUUCCGUGAGUCAGCGCAAGAAACUGUAGUGGCUCGAUUUCCGAUCUUCAAGGCUGUCAUGCAAGCCGUGAAAACAGAGCCCUUCACCGUGACCUGCAGCCUGGCAUUGACACCAAGCAUGGUGCGCUUUGCGCCCAUUCCAACCACUGCGAAGAGCAUGGGCUUAGCAGCUUCUGGUGUGUCUUUUGGCCCCUUCCUGCUGGCCUCAUCUCUCUUUGGAGCACCUUGGAGUGCCUUGAGCGCUGUUGUGGGCUCAACUUUGGCAUCCCUUCCAGAGAUCCUCGAGGGGAGAGGAGAAGAGAAAAUGCGGGAAAUUCUGAAAUCCUGGAAGGAAGAGCCACUGCUCUUAACCUGUGGUGCUCUACUGAGCAUUUUGGCAGUUGCCUUCUUGAUGGUCAAAACAAGGAAGCUGCUGAAGACAUAUCGAGAUCUGAUGCAGAAGGCUGCAUGA